AUGCCAGCGAUAUCUGUUAAACUUGUAGCAGCAGAAUCUCUUUAUAAAAGGGACGUUUUCAGAUCGCCAGAUCCAUUCGCGGUUUUAACGAUUGAUGGAUAUCAAACAAAGUCAACAUCAGCUGCGAAGAAGACUUUAAAUCCUUACUGGAAUGAAACUUUCAAAUUUGAUGAAGUAAAUGAAAAUUCUAUCCUGACCGUACAAGUGUUUGAUCAAAAGAAGUUUAAAAAGAAGGAUCAAGGAUUUUUAGGUGUUGUCAAUGUUCGCAUUGGCGAUGUUGUAGGUCAUUUAGAUGAAGAUACUACUGGUGGGGCCCGAGCACGUGAGGAGACCAUUACCAGAGAUUUGAAAAGAUCUAAUGAUGGUAUGGCUGUCAGUGGUAGAUUAAUUGUAGUUUUAUCGAAACAGCGCUCCAGUGCAGCAAGGAGUAGUACGAGAAGCAGUGCAGAGACGAGCGGAGCAUCAUCAUCAAGCGGUGGGUUAGCUGUUCCAGCAGGACCUAGUGGAAACGAUAAUGUAGCAGCUUUAUCGGCAAACAGUGGUGGUUCUAAUUCAACUGGUCAGCGUAAUGCUUCCCGUACGCAGUCUCAUUCUCGAUCGCAAUCAGGAGCCCAUACACCAAGAGCAACGGCGGCAUCUGUGGAGCAUACUUUACAAAACAGUGCUGCUAAUGCACUGUCGACAAGACAGUAUUCGUCAUUUGAAGAUCAAUAUGGUCGUUUACCACCGGGUUGGGAGAGACGUACCGAUAAUUUUGGUCGUACUUACUACGUUGAUCAUAAUACAAGAACUACAAAAUGGAAGCGUCCAACGUUAGAUCAAACUGAAGCUGAAAGAAGUGGUCAAUUGAAUGCCAAUACAGAAUUACAAAGGAGGCAACACAGAGGUAGAACUUUGCCAACGACAUCUAACGACAGCUCCUCAGUUACGGUACAAACUGGACCGGGAUCCCAGACACCGGCUGUCAAUGGGUCUGCAGCUGCAGCGUUUGCCGCAACGGGUAGUACAACAUCAGGAUUGGGUGAAUUGCCAUCAGGUUGGGAACAGAGAUUUACGCCUGAAGGUAGAGCAUAUUUUGUUGAUCACAAUACUAGAACAACUACGUGGGUUGAUCCAAGAAGGCAACAGUACAUCCGUACUUAUGGCCCAACGAAUACAACCAUCCAACAACAACCUGUAUCACAAUUGGGUCCAUUGCCUUCAGGUUGGGAAAUGAGAUUGACGAAUACGGCUCGUGUUUAUUUUGUCGAUCAUAAUACAAAGACCACUACAUGGGAUGAUCCAAGAUUGCCAUCGUCAUUAGACCAAAAUGUGCCUCAGUAUAAACGUGAUUUCCGUCGUAAAGUUAUCUAUUUCAGAUCUCAACCUGCAUUAAGAAUUUUACCUGGUCAAUGUCAUAUUAAAGUUCGCCGGAAGAAUAUCUUUGAAGAUGCUUACCAAGAGAUUAUGAGACAGACUCCUGAAGAUUUAAAGAAACGACUAAUGAUCAAAUUUGACGGUGAAGAAGGUUUAGACUACGGUGGAGUUUCAAGAGAAUUUUUCUUCUUAUUAUCCCAUGAGAUGUUCAAUCCAUUCUACUGUUUAUUUGAAUAUUCUGCUCAUGAUAACUAUACCAUCCAAAUAAAUCCAAACAGUGGUGUUAAUCCUGAACAUCUCAAUUAUUUCAAAUUUAUUGGUAGAGUCGUUGGUCUUGGUGUUUUCCACAGAAGAUUUUUAGAUGCCUUCUUUGUCGGUGCGCUUUAUAAAAUGAUGUUGCGUAAGAAAGUGGUUUUGCAAGAUAUGGAAGGUGUUGAUGCCGAAGUUCACAAUUCCUUGAAAUGGAUCUUAGAGAAUAGUAUAGAUGGCAUUUUGGAUCUAACAUUCAGCGCAGAUGACGAAAGUUUUGGUGAAAUCCAUACGAUAGAUCUAAAGCCCAAUGGUAGAAAUAUUGAAGUCAUAGAUGAAAAUAAAAAGGAAUACGUGGAAUUAUUUUCUCAGUGGAAGAUUGUAGAUAGAGUUAAAGAACAAUUUAGGGCAUUUAUGGAUGGGUUCAACGAGCUAAUACCGGAAGAUUUAGUUACAGUAUUUGAUGAGCGUGAAUUAGAACUAUUAAUUGGUGGUAUUGCUGAGAUCGAUGUGGAAGAUUGGAAAAAACAUACCGAUUAUCGUGGUUAUCAAGAAUCAGAUGAAGUUAUCAAAUGGUUUUGGAGAUGCAUUGGUAGUUGGGAUAAUGAACAAAGAGCUCGUCUAUUGCAAUUUACCACGGGUACUUCUCGUAUUCCAGUCAAUGGUUUCAAAGAUUUACAAGGUUCUGAUGGUCCAAGAAGAUUUACCAUUGAAAAGGCUGGUGAAAUAAAGCACCUACCAAAAUCCCACACUUGUUUCAACAGAGUCGAUUUACCACCUUAUGAUGAUUUCGAAAGUUUGGAUAAGAAGUUAACAUUGGCUGUUGAAGAAACUAUUGGUUUCGGCCAAGAGUGA